UCGGCUUUAACCGUUCCCGAGUUUUAGAACGUUGGUGGCCUGUUGUUCUUCUUCGUCUUCAAAAGUGAGAUCUAAUCUAUGAGCAUUCAGAAACAGAUCCGAGUGCUCUUGUUCUCUCGUUAAGUCGUUAUUGAUUUUCUUCUUCUUACUGUUGUUGAUCUUCAACUCGUCCUUGCAAACGCGUUCUUUGAUUGCUUCCAUUCUUUUCUUUCUUCAGAUGAGGAUUAUUUUGACAGGAGUUGCGGGUUAAAUUCAGUCUCCCUCACAAGCAAGCAUGUGGUCAUGCUUUAAAUUACCCAACAAUGGAAGAAACCGAACAGAAAAUGAAUCUAGAACAAGACUUGAGAAGAAAGACCCAGAACAGGAACAAUUUAGAUUCUUAAAGGGAAGAACAGAAGAGGAAUCAUUAAUGUUGGAAAAUGGAGGUCGGAUAUCAGAAGAGCUAAUCUCUUCCUUUGGUGGCAAAUCAACUCUCUUUCGUACCUUCUCCAAGCAAGAACUCCAGAUUGCAACCAACAAUUAUCCUCAAGACGGAGUUCUUCACAGUGAUUUGACCUAUAAAUUGUAUAAAGGAACCCUAGAAAAUCGUGAAAUUUCGGUCAAGAGGUUUACUGAAGUUGAUGCUGAGAGAUAUAUUCACUGGUAUAUAAAUGAAUUCGCAGUCGCAUCUCAGAUGAAUCAUCACAAGCAUGUUUUGAAACUUUUGGGUUGUUGCUUAGAGACCCAAGUUCCUACACUGGUGUAUGAAUUUGCAGAGAAUGGAGAUCUGUCUGAUCAUAUUUACGAGAAAUUGGAGCUCCCUUCGAAGCAUCAUUCACCAUUAACGUGGGAUAACAGGUUAAGGAUUGCGACUGAGGUAGCAGAUGCGAUAACCUAUCUCCACACAGGUACUUCUAAGCCCAUCAUCCACAGGGAAAUCAAACCCAGAAAUAUUUUCUUAGGUAAAAACUUUGCUGCAAAACUAUUUGAAUUUGGGCUCUCCAUUUCAAUUCCGUUGGGUGAAACACAUGUAGAAUCAGAGGUUGUUGGGUCUAUUGGGUUCAUUGAUCCUGAAGCUGUCUCCACUGGGAGGUUUACAGAGAAGAGCGAUGUUUAUAGUUUUGGGGGUGUAUUGCUUGAAAUUUUGACAGGUAGGAGGGUUCGUCAUAUAUUCGAGGAGGUGUUUGAGGGUGUGCCAGGAUCUUACCAGGCUGAACAAUUGAUGAAUUUAAAGGAUUCCAAAUAUACUGUUAUGGACCAUGAAAAUGAUCUCGAAAGGUACUUAAAGAGAAAUAUUUUGAAGGAAAAAAACAGAGAGCAGUUAAUGGCAUGUGCAGAGCUUGCUCUGAAAUGUGUCAAAGUGAAUCCUGAGGAAAGGCCUACUAUGAUGGAAGUGGCAUAUGAGCUCAGAAGAAUCAAAGGAACUUUCUUUGAUUUGGUUUCUUUAGCCCUAGCAGAACACACAAAAUAGCUGCAGGUGAUCAGAUGUUUAAUGGGUCUACUAUGAUGGAAGUGAUAUAUGACCUCAGAAGAAUUAAAGGUAUUCAACCCACUACACAAUGAUAGCCUGUGAGAAUAGAUUGAAAAAUAGUGUGGCUUUUCCAUUCAUGUUCGUGUCCAAGCCUCCAAGGCAAGUAAAACAGAUAUUUGAUCUUUGUUCGUGCAGAAAUCUUUGUAUGAUUCAUAUGCUAAUGUUUCUUCUUUUACUUGUACUUAGGUUCUUAUCCUUGGUGGUAAUUGGUAUGUGUUCUUGUUGAUUGUUUUGUUUUCCUUUUCACAAGUUCCAAGGCCUUAUCUAUAUAAUUUGCCACCUUUAAUUUGAUGCCAAAGAAUUUUUAAGUGAUUUACAACAAGUAAAGCAAUCAAAUUAUGCUUUUACUGAGUAGUUGGUUAUCAUCAGUAUAAUCUAAAAGUUUCUUAAAUAAUGUUGUAACUUCCUGACAAUCAGAACAAUGUACCUUCAUCAUUGAAGACCCAUUUGUUAAUGGCUGUUGAUCAAUUGAUAUGGACAAGUGGACAACAAAAGAAAUAAUCUUGUCGUUCAAAUAUAUAUUUUUACCAAUAUAGUGGUUAAACUGAAUAAUAUGCAAUUCAUCAAUGCUAUCAUGAUACUUUAAUACAUAAAUCCCCGUAAGUAGCUCAAAAACUGUUUUCUGUCAACAUGUGAUAGCUUGUACAUUUUAAAUGUACAGCAUAUCCCUAAUGUAGACUAGGAUAGAGAGUCUAACCAAGUCUCAACUGCAGGAACUUUUAAUCAAAGAACAACCAAUAACAGCUAAUAUAAGACAAUAAUUCCACAAACCAGAAAUAAUGAAGAAGGAUUUCUCAGUAGUCAGAUCGAUCUCCAAAACUGAUACUUUAUCAAUUCAGAUGACAGAGCAGCAACUAGGACUAAUUCAGACACAACAAUAAGUCCCAAACACAGCCCAACCAGAAUAACAAUCACAGAAACACUGGAACAGAAAGGACCCUAUCGGUUCUGUCUUCUGUUCAGAAAUUUACUACAGGAAAAAAAAAACAAUAGAGAUUUUAAAUAACCAGAGAUUGGCUGACCAGAAUAGGCUCCAGGUUGGAUCGAGUUUCACCUUGGUAGAGGGGAAGACUCAACCAAAGAUUCAGCCACAACCGAGGCUUCUAGCAGCUACAGGGGCAGGGCCGAUUGUACAGAUUAGGGUAAUUUUCUGGGCAGAAUUUGAAGAAUAAAUACCUGAUCUGUAUAGCAGUGUUAAAGCCCUUAAACCACCUUAAAUACUUUAGAAACGAUAAGGGAGAUAGCUUGUAGAAACCUCUUGGACUUCACGCCGCAAAGAGUCAGUGGAUCAAACACCAGUCCACCACUUUGAUCACACACAAAGCAAACUCAUAAGUGCGAACAACAACAUAGCUUUUUUCAUUCAUAAAUCGUGGCCUGUAGUGUGAGAGCCCUCCUUUAUUUAUAAUAGUGAUGGUGGUGAUUACAACUUAGAAACUCCAAAGUUACUAAAAAAACUGAAAUAGGAAACUACUAAAAUCUAGUUACUAAAACAGGAACUAGAAACUAGGAAAUAAAACAACUGAAAUUAGAACUAAAUAGUGCUGAAUAUUUAGAAACUAAAUAACCCCAUCACAGCCCAAACCGUGGGCCUAUAGGCUAGAUCUGGUCGACCUCUACUAGCCACUGUCGACCCUCUUCUUCCUCCUUGAAUAUGUCUUCAAUUCUGCAUCAAUCCCUCUGGGCAAAGGAAAAAAAUCAAUUAGUACCAAUUCAUAGUGAAAUGUCUAAAAAUCAGAGAAUGAGAAGAAAUACACAACUUAGCUCUUUAGAUAUUAUACAUUGAACUUUCUGGAAAAGAAAAUAAAUAAAUCAUUGGUGAAAAGAUUCAUUUUUUUACUAAAAGCCGUUAGUAUCAUAUACUUAGAACAGAUAGAAUUGAUAUCCAUAGGACCAUAAGUAAUUCUUAUUGCUACAUGCAAGCGCAUAUGUUGCAUAAGAUAACAAGUUUGGUAUUGGACACUAUUGAUAGCAUCUACCUCUUACAAGAGCAUUGUUAUCAAACAUUUUCACCAUUGUGGUCUACUCAAAGCAAACCAAGAUUAGCCCUCACCUCCAUACUACUUGUCUUCAAUAUAAAAAUGAUCAUGAAAUUACAAUAAUGACCAUUUCUUAGAAGAAUGACAUAUGGCAGUUUAGAAAGUUCCAUAUUUCUAUAAAGCUGUCAUCUCCUAAUCUGAGUUGAGAGUUGAUGAGACCCAUUGCUUGGUCCUAUGUUUCUUUACGCAGAAUGAAUUAUGCAUGACUUGCUUUUUUAGUUUCUUCAUGAUUACAUUAAAAUGGACAUCACCUUGAGCUUACCUUAAGCAAGAAAAAGUGGAAAAGGUAAAAAAACUCUUAGUUCAUUGUACCAGAAUCAUCCAAGCACAGAUUGUAGUCUGACAGCUUUCUUUUUUAUCUUACAUAUCCUCGUGAUGCUGUUCAGACUUCGUUCAUUUUAGACAUUAUUGUGGAUAAUGUUGUGUUCUUGUUCUGAGACCAUUUGUUUCCAUCUGAAAGAAAAAUUAUCUCUGGAGGUCUCCUCAUGGCAUUUUUCUGUUGGUUAAAUUGAUAUUUUACCCUUCUUGUAAUAUACAAGUUAGUUACUCCAAAACUGGACAUAUUACAUCCUCUCUUCCCAUCUCCCACCCCUAAAAAAAGAGGAUCUUGUCUUCAGUACAAUAGCGUGGUUCAUCUCAAAGAAGUGGAAUGGCAUGAACAGAGAUCAUGGGCCUGUCAACAAGUCUCUUCAUUUGAAACAUCGUUAGAGAGAUCUUAAAGUGGAAGUUUCUAUUUAGGUCAGAGUACCAAAGGUCAGAUGUUUCUGGGUUAAAACUUAUGGUGUGCUAAAAAUAAAAUAAAAUCUUCCAGCUCAUUAACUUGGACUGUUAUUGUAUCUGUUUGUUCAUUUGAACAAGAACAAGCUAUGAUAUCUAGGCUGUUGAGUGGAAGCCUUCCCUGAUUUUAGAGUUGUGUAGCAGCCUCAGAACAAAGAAGUUAGGAGGGUUCAUAAUCUAACAAAUUGAACAAUGGAACUGGAA